CCGAGCCGCUUCACCUGGACCGUCACAUGAAAUAUGUUGAGGAUUUUACCUUCGUGUGCGCACUUCUUCUUGACGAGCAGAGCUGAUCUCAAGCAGGUUUAUAUCCGAAGGAACGCAGCCGCAGCUCCGAGGACGCACAGGUUUUCUUCUCAGUGCUGCCUGAAAAGACACUGAUAAACUCCUCAAGGGGCUGACUUAAUCCUGAAUCUUACACCUGCACCACCGGCAUUCAUGGCCCACCCUUAUGAGCCCUGGUUAAGGACAGCACCAUCUAGUGGCAGCUCUGAAGAAAUGAACAUCCCGUCCUGGUGGGACCUCCACCGCGAUGUGCAAGCCGGCAGCUGGAUAGACCUGCAGACUGGGCAAAGUGUUGGCGUGCCCUCAGUGAGCACUGGCAGCUCCAUGGGAUUGCAGAACUCUUUAGGCCCGUAUGGCUCCGACCCACAGCUGUGCACCAUGCCCCCGGCUCAGCACACCCCCACCUCACACUCGCCCCACCUCUUCCCACUGGACGGCUUCAAGAUGGAACCACUGGGGCCGGAAAUGCUGCAGCAGGAAACCUUCUCCUUGGAGGAACCGCAGGAGACCUCUGUGUCAGCUCGGCCCAAGCCCCAGCGACGUUCAUCCUCUCGGGGCGCCGGGCAGACCAUGUGCCGGUGCCCCAACUGCAUCCACGCCGAGCAGAUGGGCCAGAGCGCCGACGACAGCAGGACGAAGCACAUGCACAACUGCCACAUCCCCGGAUGUGGCAAAGCCUACGCUAAGACCUCCCACUUGAAGGCUCACCUGCGCUGGCAUAGCGGCGACCGGCCCUUCGUCUGCAACUGGCUCUUCUGCGGAAAGAGGUUCACGCGCUCUGAUGAACUGCAGCGCCACCUGCAGACACACACCGGUGCCAAGAAGUUUAGCUGCGCUUUGUGCCCAAGAGUGUUCAUGCGUAACGAUCACCUGGCCAAGCACAUGCGCACCCACGAAUCCCCGCCGGGGCACGGGGAGGAGAGAGUAAAUGGGGAUGGGAAGGGUUUCGAUGCACCCACACCUCCACAGUCGUCGUCUGACAGCACAGAGCCUCAGCUGAAGCUCAAAUGUGAGAUAGACCCUUCGGUUUCAAAUGUGACAGGGCAGUCUGGCUAAUUUUAUCACUUCGAGGAGAUGUUUGGUAGUAAGAGGGUUCGGUCCUCUCUGUCACAGAGGGAGAAUAGUUUUACAAUAGAAUAGAGAGUAGAAGAAUGGCUUUGACACACUAUUACCGAUGAAAGCUGGAUGGAACAAACGUAUGCAACUCCUGUGGUAGAGAUAGAAGGGAUGCUGCAGCACACAGGAAACACGGGGUUGCAUGCAUUGUGCAGCUAAAACGCUCCUCUGUAGAUUUUAAAAGGAAUCAAAGAAGAGCCGGAGGCGCAGCGUGCUGCUUGACCCACCAGCAGACCAGAGGACGGACAUGAGUCCGACUGAAAACAGAUGUUUACGUGAAACUUGUUGAACGUGUUACUGAAAGUGAGGAGCAGGUCUGCUUCCAACUUUUUAAAAAGGAGACAAUGAUAAUAUUUUUUUUUUGUAUUUAAUAUUCUGACUACAUGAGUGCAGCCCACUGUACCAGGAGACAAAGCGGUUUCUUUUCUGUUGAGAGCACACAGAUCGAGAGCCGU